CAUAUUGUAGUACUUGUUCGUUAUACGUCAAAAAAUCAAACAAGAGCAAAAUUUGUUCAACUUGCUGCGAAAUGAGAACAAAACCUAUGAUUUUAACAUUGCUAUUCAGUGCUUUGCUGCUGCACUUAGAGGCAGUCGAAAAGGGCGUAACUGGAAACCAUUUAGAUAUCAGUCGUAUUGUUAAAGUUCUCAGAAUUCCAGAGUCAAAUGAGUACCACAUAAAUAAUAUGCACAACAUGAGAAAAACAAAUGAAGCCAAGACUUUCAGUUCAAUUUUACGCAAAUUCAAGUUAAGAAAUCGCACAAGUUCCCACACUUCCGCAUUUAAAUAUUUUCUGAAGUUCCGCACGCAUCGUGUCCGUUUCACUCCAAGAAAAUUUCUGAAGCGCUUCAAACCCAAAAAGGAAUUCUCUCAAACACAUAAUCGGGUUAAAUUUGAUACUUUGCACAUUAAGCCCCAUUUAGCUGUGCUCUCUAAAGUCUCCCAGAAUCCAAGUGCAUUUGCGAAAAACAAUUAUAUUGUCUUACAGGGAAAACUUCAUCAGAUGCUGCAUGGCAAACACUUUUCGCCAAAACUGAGCGUUGUCAAGCUGAUGUACGCCAUAGUCGAUCGAUUUUGUGAGUCAACAUCCACAAAUCUCCAUCGAUGCUGACUAAAUGUGAUAUCUCCUCCUUUGGCGCAGAGGAAGCCCGCUACAAGCUGUUGCCCCCAUUGCCGUGCAAAGUCUCGCCAUUAGCUUCCAGUUGGAUUCAAAGUCAGAAUGUGGGAUCGGUUACAAUGAGAGUGGGAGAUGAUCGCAUGAGGGACAGUUUGAUGAGACUCAGGAUCAUGUAUAUUUUAUUUACGAUAUUCGAAACAUAACAAAACAGUUGAGAGAACAUUUCAACAACAGAAAAUCGCAAAAGAAACAAAAAUAAAUUGACAAUUAAAUCUAAUUAGAAAGUG